UCCGAUUCCGCCACUGUACUUUUUUUUUUUCCGCUCCUUUCCUUUCCCUCCGCUAAAUGCAAACAUGGUGUAAAGCUAAAGCCUGUUGUGAUCUCAAACGCUCGAAUCCAGUAUUCUCAAACCGAUGAAGAAGGCGCUAACCUGCUUUUUGGAGGAGGGGAUAACACUCUCGAAUCCAUGGCUGAUCCUGAACUAGAAGCAAUUAGACGAAGAAGGAUGCAAGAGCUAAUGGCUCAACAUGGAGUGGGGAACCAACAGAAUCCUGAUCAACAGAAAGAUCAGGAAGAUGCCAAGAGGGAGGCAAAUGAACGGAGGCAAAUGAUGCUCAGUCAGAUUUUGUCCAUUGAAGCACGUGAAAGACUUGCUCGAAUUGCCUUGGUGAAACCUGAGAAGGCAAGAGGUGUGGAGGAUGUUCUACUACGAGCUGCUCAGAUGGGUCAGAUAGUUGAAAAGGUUUCUGAGGAGAGGCUUAUAUCACUCCUGGAACAGAUAAACACCCAAACAACUAAACAGACCAAAGUCACAAUCCAGAGGCGUCGGAGUGUUCUUGAUGAUGAUGAUUAGUUCAAAUGUGAAACAUGGACCCAUUUUUAGUGUUUUUUUCUAUUUUCGACUGUAUUACCUUUCCAAUGCUCUGUUGAGCAAUAAACCUGGUGGUGGAUUACAGUUUAGUGAGUCAUGUGAAAAAUGCUGUAUUAGUUCAAAUAUUAUGGAGGCAGAGGUUUGGCAACUGAUGAUUCGUCUGGAAAGCAGUUGUUUGCCUUUUUUCUGUUAUAUUUCUACAAACUAAUAUGCUGAAUGAGUUAUGUUUGUUGCAAUAUUAAGCAACCCAAAGUAGCAUUGUGGUGGACA